AGAUCUCAAACAAUUGAUCAGUUUCUCUACGAAUUGAGGGUUCUCCCUCGCGUUCCCAAAUAUGCGCCCGAAUUGUUGCCAGACUUGCUUGUCCUUCAGUAUCAAAUUCCUCAAUUUUCUUCAAGCUUUUAUUGGAAUUUCAAUUGUACUCUACUCCGCAUGGUUCAUCAAUAAAUGGAACCAUCACAUUCCCUUACCUCCUCUUCCAGCUCCUUCCCCGUCUUUUUCUCUAUCCAUUCCUUCGAAUUCCAAGCCGUUUUCUCUUCCCGCUCCCUGGUUCAUCUACUCUUUCAUGGGAAUCGGCAUAUUCAUGUGUUGUAUCUCUUUAUUGGGUUGCAUUGCAGCUGAAGCAUUUAAUGGUUGCUGCCUGUGCUUUUAUAAUAUACUCAUCACAGUGUUCAUUCUACUAGAGGCCACUUUGGUGACCUUCAUUGCUGUUGACCAUCAUUGGGAGAAGGACCUUCCAUUUGAUCCAACCGGUGAACUUCAGAGCCUUAAAUCUUUCAUUGAAGAUAAUCUAGAUAUGUGCAAAUGGGUUGGCAUUGCUGUGGUUGUAGUUCAGGCAUUAUCUCUACUGUUGUCAUUAAAUUUGCGAGCCACAGUUUCAACUCGGAGAACAGAUUUUGAUGAUGAGGAUGAAUAUGAUGUUAGGGGUAGAGGUCGGGACCCCCUACUAAAUCAUCAAUCUGGUCAGUCAUCGGGGUUUACCAAGAGUGAUAUUAGAGGAACGCUUUCCGACUGGAGCUCACGGAUGAGAGAGAAGUAUAAAUUGAACUCGGGUGAUAAGUACAAUUUACCAAUUCAGAACACUCCAACAAGCCAGAAUUCCAGGCAGUGAAGGCUACAGGUCAACAAGCAGUUAUUCUAUAUUUUGACCUCUGAGUGUAUAUGUAAUAUAAUAUGUUUAUCUCAUCUAUUUUGUUUUCCUCUCUGUUUCAUUCAUUUUUCUGAUUUUUAUUUUUUUAAUUCCUUUCGGGCAUGGUACAUGGCAUUCGGUCUUCUUGACUCCAGCGACUUAGCAUGUCUUGUCUCCUAAACUUGUAAAACAUUUCUAGUUUUUGUGACAAGAAAGAAAAGGGUGGUGCCAGUUAAUAGAUGGUGGUUAGGAUGUGAAUGUUGCAUGAGGUUUGAAGCUGCACGGUUAGUAGUUUGUGAAUAAUGUAUCCUUAUAUGGAUUUCACGGUUGAUGGUUUGUGAAUAAUGUGUCCUUGUAUGGAUUUCAUUGCACACACACAUAAGUUAUUUUGUGCAUGGCAUGACAUUUUAGUAUGAUCUACUAUUUAUGAUUUGUCACUGAUGUGAUUUGUUAUGAA